CGGGCCUGGACCUACCUGUGCACCUGCAACAGGCAUCCCCUGGCACAGCCCUGCAGGGCCUCAGAGACAAGUCUUGAGCAUGAGGAACCAGCCACUGUGGCCACCCACCAGCUCCACGGAAGCGGAGACAAUUGUCGCUGCCCAAAGCCCUUUGAGCAGGGACAAGAUGAGAAGCCAGCUGGAAAGAUCUGGCGAGGAGUCCCCUCACCAGCCCUCCUCCCCUCACAACAGCCCUUCCCCAGCCCCCUGGCAGAACAGAAGGAACUCCAGCCCCUUGACUUUCUGCCCCUGCCCCACUCCCAACCCCAUUUCCAAGGAUCUCCCAUUCCACCCCCAACACUUCUACUCUGCAUACCCACUGCUUCUGUCUCCACCCUAUCUGUUCCCCGGUGGGGCCCUCCCUUUUGUCCAAUACCCCUACCUCUUCAUGCUGCCCGGAGGCACCCCCUGCUCCACGGUGGCUGUGUCCAGAUUGCUGAUGACUACCAAUGAGUCUGGCCACCCCCCCCAGGGGAAGACCCUGCUUCCCCAGCCAGGGACCUUCCACACCUCUGGCCAAGCCCAGCUCUCCCCGGCCUGUAACCCGGGUCCUGGAACUGCCCAGAUUGGUUCCCCAGGCCUGGAGAAUGCUAGCAUGGAGGCUCCUGCUACGUGGACUCCGCCGGGCUCCAGGGUGGGCAGCGCAACCCUGCCCUACCCACUGAAGAAACAGGACGGCAAGCUGCUGUACCAGUGCCAUGUAUGCAGCAAAAACUUUGGACAGCUCUCCAACCUCAAGGUCCACCUGCGUGUGCACAGCGGCGAGCGGCCGUUUCAGUGUGACCAGUGCAAGAAGACCUUUACCCAGCUGGCCCACCUGCAGAAGCACCACCUGGUACACACAGGGGAGCAGCCCCACGAGUGCCCGCUGUGCCACAAGCGCUUCAGAAGCUCCAGCAACCUCAAGACCCACCUGCGCCUGCACCAGGAUGCCCCGCCCUUCCAGUGCAGCCGCUGCCCGAGUCGCUUAGCUCAGCACGUUCACCUGAAGCUGCCCUGCCGCCGGCACGCCCCCGCAGCUCUGCAGCCUCCGCACCGGCCUUGCUGGCUGGCCAAGUCGGAGCACUCCAGAGAAAAGUGGGCAGGGACAAGCCAGCACGCCAGGGAUAGCCAGGACGGCUAG